UUUCGAUGUAAUUUGAGCCGGGAGCUGCAUGGCAGGGAAAAAAAUCCGCUCGAGAACGUCACAAAAUUCGAUUUCUGUCAGUUCUCUCAGUAAUCGAACACUGAAUGUGGCCACGAGCAGCAACCCCGUGAGGGGCAAACCCGCCGAUGAACUCCUUGCUAUGACCAAGGAACAGCUCAAGAACGAGUGCAGGAAAAAGGGACAAAAGACUACCGGCAAUAAGAUAGAGCUGCUCCAAAGACUCGGCUACAAAAUGACGAAACGUCGCGAAAACUCCACCAAUGGGGCGGCGGUGACCCCAGACGAGACCCCAACCGGGGGCGGCGACUUAACCGAACGAACAAGGAAAGAGAAAGAACGAAAAGAGAGGGAAAGUCUAGUGUUAUGGAAACGACCACUAACUACGCUCGAAUAUUCGACAAAAGAAGUCAUAGUUUUACUAACAACGUAUGGUAGAAAAAUACUAGAACAUAAGAAAAUCGUCCUAUUUGUCACACUAACGCUACUCUCAUCGUAUCUAUUGGUGAAAACGGCCGGUCCUCACCAAUCAUACAUCCAAAUCGUUUAUAAGCAACUCCUCUGGUGUUCGUAUUGGAUAGGUUUAGGUAUUUUGUCAUCGGUGGGCUUGGGGACAGGUUUACACACUUUCCUACUUUACUUGGGCCCCCAUAUAGCGGCCGUGACGCUCGCUGCGUACGAAUGCGAGUCGUUAAAUUUUCCAGAGCCGCCUUAUCCCGAUGAAAUAAUAUGUCCAGAUGAACGAAAUCCAUUGGCUGUGUCUAUUUUAAGUAUCAUGUCGAAAGUACGAUUGGAGGCGAUGUGCUGGGGGGCGGGGACUGCCUUGGGAGAGUUGCCCCCUUAUUUCAUGGCCCGCGCGGCGCGACUCUCCGGUAUCGAUCCCGAUGACGAAGACGACGAUUUGAAAGAGUUUGAAGAGUUGAAACGGAAACAAAACAACAAAACCGAGCUCACUUUGAUCGAAAAGGGAAAACUGUUUGUCGAGGAGCUGGUCCAGAGGGUUGGGUUUUUAGGGAUUUUGGCGUGUGCAAGUAUACCGAAUCCAUUGUUUGACUUGGCCGGGAUCACGUGUGGUCAUUUUUUGGUCCCGUUUUGGACAUUUUUUGGGGCUACUCUUAUCGGUAAAGCCAUCAUCAAGAUGCACAUCCAGAAAUUGUUUGUUAUAAUUGCAUUCAAUGAAACACUUAUUGUUACGGCCCUGCAAUGGCUCAAGUACAUACCUGUCGUGGGCGAGAAGCUACAAGUACCUUUCAAAGCCUUCUUAGAUGGCCAAAAAUCGAAGUUGCAUCAAAGUGGCGGGGGAGCAAAGGUCGAAAGUGGGAAUGUUUUAAGUUCGAUUUUUGAGAAAUUCGUUGUUGCCAUGAUUUUGUAUUUUAUCGUGUCGAUAGUCAAUUCGUUUGCUCAGAGUUACUAUAAGCGGAUACACAAGAAGAAAACUACUAAGGUAGCAAAAGACUAGGUCAGGGUUAUCACUUUAGUUUGUUGUUGUUUUUAUUGGAGGUUAUUUUUUUGUUGAACCCGCAGCUUCCUUGGUUAAUGGAGGGAGUUUCCCGACUUGCUUCAUUAGUCAAGGAAGGCUGUGGUUGAACCAUUCCGAUUUGUAUACAAGUAUUAUUUACGGUUUAUUCACUUUUUAGUCAAUUUUUAGCGUGAUUAUGACCUUCAUGUGUGAUUUCAUUACAAAAAAUAAAUGUUUGAGAUGAA